UAUGACAUACGUGUGACAUUUUGUUUUGAAUCCAAACUCGUGUUUGUGGUGCAAAAAGAAGAAAGAAGAAUACGAGGUCCUGGAAUUUGUGGAUUAGAUUAGAAAAUUUUGUAAUGUUCAGAUAAAUAUUCAUCAUGCCUCGUGAAAAGAGCAGGUACCGUGACAGACGGAGCUCGUCUCGGAGUAGCGAAUCAUCGUACGAAAGGAAGAAAUCUAAAAGCAAACACAGAAGGCGGUCGCGUUCUCGAGAUCGUUCAGAGUCCAGUAGCCACAGAAGAAAGCGUUCUAGUAGCAGGUCGAGGCAUAAGAGGCGGAGUUACUCAAGGAGUGUUUCUAGAGACCGGUAUGAAUCAAGGAAGAGACGGUCAACGUCGAGAUCCCGAGGGAAGAGGUCAAGGAAGUCAAUGUCGCGGGAUUCUCGCUCGCGGUCUAGUUCGCGGGGUAGAACUAAGCAUAGUAAGAGCAAGAAGUCUUCGAGACGAAGGUCCCGUUCUUCGAGCAGUAGAUCCAGCUCAUUUGACAUAGAACGUCCAUUACCAUCAAGGCUGGUGAAUCUUGAUGACACGGAGACAAAACUGGAGAAGGCAAUCAAAGCUGCAGAAGCCGCAGGGCUCACGAUGACCAAAAUUCCUACGUAUGAGUAUAAAGAAGUGGAAGUCAAGGAGGACAUGCCCACCAUUCAUGACAGAAAUCUGCUCGAGGAACUCAAUAGUGAAUCCUUCACUCAGAAAGCAUUUGUUUCGUCCAGAAACAAGAAACAAAACCAAAAUAUUGUGAUUGAUUUGAAUUCACAAACUGUGACUGUGCCGGAGACUGAGAUCAAAGUGCAGAGGGACGAUUCUAUUAUUGAUUUCAAUGAGAUUCCAAGUGAAGAAGAAUUGAAGGAAAUGUGGAUAAAGAAGAUGUAUCAAUACAGAAAGAAGAUGCUCAGGGGAGAUGUAUAAUAAUAAAUGAAAUAACGGAA